GACCUGGGGCUCUCAAAUUCAAUCCCAUCUCGCAAGGAGAAGCUCAUCAAAAUCAGCCUGUUGUCGAAGCUGGCUGGCUUCUUCUGCAAGAAUUUGCCCAUGCUGGAGAACCUUGCCGAUCUUGUGAGCCUGGGUCUUUUCGUUUGGCUGAUCAUCACAUACAUCCCGCCUAUCUUCGAGUUGUACUGGAUGCAGGACUGCUUCCAGAACGAGCUCUUGAGGGCAGACGGCUACAAUGGGACUCGACUUCCUUUGCGCGAGGCUCGUGGAAGACAACAGGUGCCCAGCAGGUUACCGGACGAGCACGUGAAUCGGAAGGACAACACGCUGAACAUCGAGCACUUCAUCUCUGAGAAGCGCUCAGGCCUCGAUCACGGCGUGGUGACACCGAGGAAGCCAGAUAGUGACAAGCUGACGACCAACAGAGUUGUCAAGGAUCAGAGAAUCUUCUCCAACGGCAACUCCUACGUUGGCACCUGGCUCAACGGCCGAAUGCAUGGCGAGGGCCACUACAUUUGGAGCGACGGCAGCGAGUAUUUCGGUGAGUUCCAUGAGGGCUACAUGUGGGGCAGCGGGAAGAAGACCUGGCCCACCGGCCGCACCUACGAUGGCGAGUGGCGCAAGGACCAGAUGUGGGGCGACGGCAAGAUGUCCUGGCCGUCGGGAGAGGAGUACAUCGGCAGCUUGAAGAAGGGCGUCUUCCAUGGCAAGGGAACUCGCACUUGGCCAAAUGGCGAUCGCUAUGCCGGCAACUUCAAGCAUGGGAUGCAGGAGGGCGAGGGCACUUUCGAAAGUGCAGAGGAGGGCUGGGUGUACAGCGGCCAGUGGCUCCAAAAUCGCAUGAAUGGUCGUGGAAAGGUGAAGUGGCCAAAUGGCAUCGAGUACGAUGGCGAGUGGAAGGAUGGCAUCCGAGAGGGCAAGGGCAAGCUGACCUGGGCUGAUGGCUCCUGUUACAAAGGAGACUUCCAGCACAACUGCAUAGAAGGCAAGGGCAAGAAGACCCUGCCAGACGGCUCUUGGUUCGAGGGGCAGUUCCAUGACAGCGAGCUCGAGGGCCGCGGUACUUUCCACUGGCCUGACGGUACCGAAUUUGAAGGGCUUUGGCACAACAGCGAAAUUGUGGGACCCGGCUGUCACAGGUUCCCCAACGGCACCAGGAUCACAGGAGUCUUCGAAAACCAUGGAGCGACCGGCGAGGGCACAAAGAAGUGGGCGAAUGGAUGCAUGUACACAGGUACUCUGCUGAACAACAGCAUUCACAAGUACGGCGUGUUCCAGUGGCCCGACGGGCGGCGCUACAUCGGCCAGUUCCAGGAUGAGAUGAUGCACGGCGAGGGCAUGCUUUGCUGGACAGACGACUUCGGUGUGUGCCGCUACAAGGGCUCCUUCGAGCACAACGUGUUUCAAGGUCACGGUGUGCUGGAGUGGUCCGUGAAGGCCAGAUACGUCGGAGAGUUCUUCAAUGGUUUGUACCAUGGUGAAGGCACCUUUGAAUGGCCAGACAAGGCGAACAUCUACCGUGGGCAGUGGCAAUUUGGGGAGAUGAGUGGUCAGGGAACCCUCACAACAAGCUGUGGCUCGAUUUAUUCGGGCGAGUUCCAUGCUGGCAACAUGGAGGGCCGGGGAACCAUCACUUUCAUCACCAACGACCAGUACACGGGUGAAUUCAAGGACUCUCUGUUCAAUGGACUGGGCUGCUACACGUGGUCUUCCGGCGUGACCCUUACAGGAGUCUUUGAAAACAACGUCUGUAACAAGGUCGGGAAAAAGACAUACACCAACGGGCUCGUGUAUGUAGGCGAGCUCCUGGAAGAUCAGGAGCAUGGCCGCGGUGUCCUGACGGACCCAAGCGGAACCAGGGUGGUUGGCGUUUGGAACAAGGGAAGGCUCGAAGAGGAGCUGAUAGAAAUGAUCGUUUCUUCUGCAGAGGUGGAUCCUCGUGGUCCGUCCGAGCAGAUACUUGGCCAAAGAGAGAUGGCAAAGGCCAAGCUGCUACAGUAUUUCGGAUGCUUUGCCGGUUCGGGGAACCUCGAGGACGUGGCUGCACAGAUCGCCCACUUGGAGGGUUUGGAGAUGGGAUCUCCACAAGAGCUUUUGCCUGGACAAUGGACGCUGAUAGGAGACACCGCAGGCUCCCGUCCACCGACGCUGAUAGCUGCCUGCAUGGGAGCAUCUUUACAAGGUCGUGUGAUUCGUUCAGUCUGGCUGGACAUCUCUCAGGCACUGGAGCUGGAAUGCCACGCUGUUCUGGGAGACGCAGAGGGCAAUGCCGAAACUUGGAACGGAAGGACAAAGCAACCACUGCAGCUCGGCUUGUCCCCGGGGGCGCCGGUGACGGCAAGCACGGAAAGCUCCCGCGUGACAGUCAGCUAUGUGGAUGAAGAUUUCCUGGUGCUCCGGGAGGAUGACCCUUUCCUUUUCCUAGAAGGAAAGAUUCAUCGUUUCUACGUGAAGCGCGAGGUCUACCUUCGAACAAGCUCCAGGCAGCGCUUUUGGCGUGGCUUCUCGGGGCUGCGAGAUAUGCUGCCACAGGUCCCUCUCUGGCUGCUUUCUGGAUGCCGCGGCCUGGGUGCUUUUGGAUCAACGACGCACCCGCCACAGUAUGGCGAGUAUCUCUUUGUCCCGAAGGUCGAGAGUUUCCAAAUAUCCUUCGAUUCGGAAUUUCUGGAAGAACCAGUGGCUGUGGUCCAGCUUGCGGAUCUGGCUGACCCGCGACUGCUCUCUUCGCUGCUUCAGUACGUCACUUCCCAAUACAUCCCGGCACCCAGCAGAAAUUCCUCCGGCCUGGAGUUGCGAGCCUCAAUGUACACCAGCAUGUUGUACAGUGGCUUAUUCUGGCCUGCCUCUUUCUUGGCAGCACGUGCAGUUCUUCGGGCAAUACAUCGAAAGAGGGCUGCCGGCCAAGCAACCAGAGACUUGCAUGUCGUGGAAUUGGCAAGCGGAACGGGCCUUCCCUCCCUUGCCGCCCAUCGCUGCUCGGCUCGCGUCACGUGCACGGAUGUCUCCCUGCUGGCACACCAACUGGUCCUCACUGCGGCGGGCAUGCAGCCCGGUGGCGAGAUUUCAACGGGGGUCUUCGACAUCUUUCUGGACUCUCCGGAGAAGCUCCUCGAAAUGAAGCCUGACAUCGUUGUGGCUUCCGACCUUCUCUACGAGGAGGACUUUGCGGAAGCACUCGGACGGCAUCUUGGCGAGGCCGCCAAGAGCGGAGCGGCGGUCAUCACCACAGACCCUGGUCGCCUUGAAGGGCGUGGCCAGACCGUCUUUCUCGAGAGUUUCUCCAAAGCAAUGGGAAUUCCAACACAAGUCGGCUUCCAGAAGCAGGAAAUCCCGGAUGGUGUCUUGGAUCGGGGCUUGAAAGCAAUGAAGUACGGUGGCCAAGUGGACAGAUCCGUCGGUGUCUUUGAGUUCUGCCAAGCGGUCAAAACAAGGGUGUGGGUAUGCUUGCCAUGGCAAAGGUUAGCCGAAGAGUUGGACGGCACUGGAGACUGCAAGUCGAUCGUCCUCUUUGCAAACGGCGACAAGUACAUAGGUGGUCUGCAAGCAGGGCAAAAAGAUGGCGACGGCAUGUACGUGUACGCAGAUGGUGCGGCGUACAAGGGCCCUUGGUCCACAGAUUCCAUGGAUGGUGAGCUGCAUCCGCCCGGAGGGGAGGCCGAGUCUGAACAGACUCGACGACUUCAUGACCUGAACACAAAGAAUGCCGAGGCUGUUCAAAGCAUGAAGGCAAAGCUCCCUGGCGAACGAAAGCAGGACUCAGAGCAGGCGCUUGGUCAUUGGGCCAUCUAUUGGGCCUUGCACCAACCUGCCUUCUCCAGGAUUUACCCGAAAAGUUCCAGCAGCUCUGGCAAAGAUGAGAAGAAGGCAGAGUCCAUCACGGGUAAGUUCGACCCCUCCGCCCUCGAGAGGGGAGCAGCGGCUCUCCGGGAGCUUGACACCUCUCCGAAUGCUGCCAAGGCCUUCGAGCUCACCAAGAUGGCGGAACAGACGAAGCAGCAGGAGCUGCAGAAGGAGAUCGAGCAGCAACAGACCAUGCGCCAGCAGGCGAUGCUUCAACGGAAUCAGAUGGAUGCAGAGGAGAAGAGGAAGACAAUCUCGCACCAGCAGGAGCAGGAAAGAAGGACGGCGGAGUACAAGGCCCGAUUGGACAGCGAGCUCUACCAGAGCAAGCUUGAGGAUCAGCAGAAGCAAAUUGAUCAGCAGCUGCACAUGCAGCACGAACAGUUUCUCCGUCAAGAAGAUAUGCGAAAGAGAAAUAACCUCGAACUGGAGGAGGAGAAGCGACGAACUCUGCAAGAGCAAGCUCGGCUGGACCGAGAAGCAGCCAUCGUCGGAAUCUUGGUGUUCUUGCAUGUGGAGCCACUUUCUGUUGACUUCUUGGCUCUUUGCCGCUUCAGCCGUAGAAUCCCCGAAUCUGCGGCGCCGUGCUGCGCCGCCGCGGAGAGGCAUCCGAAGCCGAGACUUUCGCAGAUGGCCGGGCCAAGCCCGAGCAUCCUUGAAGCUUCGCACCUCUCUGAGGCUGCGAUGGCUUCAAAGCUCUCCGCGGAGCAGCUUCAGCUUGCAAAAUGGCGCCUGGAACAUGGGGAGACCAUUCAAGGACGACCCUUUUACGACGAUCCAAAGUUCGUGAAGUUCUGCGAAGCAGCAAAUGCAGCCGAAGCACAGUCGAAAACAGCGAAGGACGGUGCUGCUAGACUCUUCGGCGAAGACCUGACGCCAGAGGUCGUGGAGAAGUAUCACUUCGCCUUUGUCAACGCCCAGGACGGUGACUCGGAGGCUCUGGAGGCUUGGAAGCGGUUUUGUGACAUGCUGCGUGAGACCGAAAAGAUUCUCGGUGCCAUCGAUGCCCCGCUGCGGGACACAGGAGAAAGGGCGACCCAUCAUGCGGCAGAGGUCGGCCACAUUCAGAAUUUAAAGUGGCUGCAUGACAAUGGAGCCGACAUCAACGCAAUAACGGCUCCCGCUUUGUCGGUGUCAGCAGACGGCGAUAUAUCUUUGGGCCUCACCCCCGUCCACGUAGCAGCAACAUUCGGGCAAAUCCAGGCGCUGGACUUUCUGAAGUCCCUGGGUUGCGACCUGAACUUCAAGCGCGCAGACGGGGCCACAGCCCUGGAUCUGGCCGUGGAUGCAGAGCAGUCCGAGACGGCAGCUUGGUUGGAGAAGAACGGUGCUGUUCGAGGAGUGUCGUGA